GUCAGCUGAUGUUCGAUGGUACUUAUAAAGAUCUGUACUUGUGCGUUCAGUUAGGAAGUUGGUUGUCUCUUAGCUAAGGGAAGCAAAACACAGGCAAGAGAUAAUGAAGACUGUUCUGGAAAUGUUUGAUGUUGACAUGAAAGUUGGUGACACUGUCAAAUUCAAAGUCUUUACUGACCCAGAGGCAGACAGGUUUGCAAUUAGUCUGGGAAAAGAUGACUCUGAGUUGGCAUUACACUUCAACCCAAGGUUUGAUGAUGAAGAUGGUAGAGUGAUUGUCUGUAACAGCAAAGAAGACGGUGUGUGGUGCACUGAGCAGAGAGAGGACUCCUUCAUGUUUGAGAAGGGAGAGUGCUUUAAGUUUUCCAUUACAUUCCUUGGAGUGAAGUUUGAGAUUAAGCUGCCUGACUAUGUUCUGGAGUUCCCUAAUCGCACUUCCAUGGACACCAUGACAUUCCUCCAGGUGCAAGGGGAUGUUAGGGUGAAGUCCCUGAAGUUUGAUUAUUGAUGUUUAACGUGUUAGUCUCCUCGCAGCAAGAGCUUUCUUCAAAGGGCUAACCGCAUCUUCUGAACUACUUUCAAUCCCACUUUUCUCCAAGUGGGAAUCGCCCAUUCUGUUUGGAUAGUAAUUGAAGACAAACCCUCCAUGUUGCUGAGUCCCUACAUUUCUACUUACAUGCUCAGUCUAUUUCCUAGUGACCUGCCCAUGCCUCAAGAUGACCAAUUGAAUUCCAGGCCUUUGGACUUGGGAGUCUCUAUGGAUCCUUCUCAAAAUGGCCAGCCAGAUUCCAACUCCAGAAUCAGUUUUGUGCUUUCAUCCAGACUGAGGCACUGUGAGCCCUACACACUAGCACUCAAUAGAAUGAUCCCUGAUCAAGGCUAUGGUAUUGAAUCCAGGUUAAACUAUGGGAAGAUUUGGCCAUCGAACAUGUCCCAUCUCCUACCUGCCCUUAGGAUGACUUUUGAAGUAGACUGGGGGAUUGUGCUUGGCUCAAAAGCAACAUCUGCAGGGUUUUUGCUAUCGAGCAGCCUGGCUUUGAGGUUCUCUAUUUCCACAAGUAAUUCAUUCACAUCUGUUAAGUGUCCUCUUGUACCUUGGUCCACUGAGCUAUUUCACUUAAAUAGGAUCUUUUAAAAUUAAACUUCUCUCUGUAAAGAGUGUGGAACUCCAGUUGUGUGAAUAAGCCACUGAAACAACAGAAUGAAGACUGAGAACUGAUGUUUGAUCUCCUGAAUAAAGUCUACUUGAAAUUGA